UCAGGAAAAUGGCGGCGAGCUGUGGAGUGAAUUGAGGAUGUCAACAUUGCGCUUCUCUGCCCGAAACAAGUGAUGCUUUUUCUCUUUUCGCGUCGUUGACACAGCCGGGGCUGCAGCUCAGAAAGGUGCAACACUGUCUGGACAAAAACGACGCCUGGAAUAUUUUUAAUUAUCAUUUUAUAGUGCUAUGUUUUUGAAAGUCCAUGUAAGCUAGCUAGCGGUUUUAACUAGCCGCCUGCCCGAGCCGUGUCGUAAAGUAAUGUUUUUGUGUCGUAAAGUAAUGUUUAUCAUGUUUUUCCCCUCCCUCAUUUAAAUUAUUUCCCGUGGCUCGCUCGGUAAAUGCGUAGAGAGUGUUGUGCUCGAGUGUGAUCCUUUUUUUCUGUGCUGUUCUUUUUUCUUUCGCAACUCCGUCAGCUGGAAGUGCAGUGCAGUGCAGUGAGUCCACUCGCGCCGGAUGCUCUCCGCGUCUCUGUCGCACUUUUAAAGGGGGCUGAUAUCAGGCAGGGCUGUUCAACAGGGUGAUUGAUUUUAUUUUGUUUAUUCCACACUGGUGCUGUUUCAGAAGCCAUGGCUCAGUCGCCGGUGCAGGGCAGUUUACCGGGGAUACAGAGUUGGAGAGCCGACCCCGAGCAGCUGUUCACCAAGCUGGAGCGCAUCGGCAAGGGCUCGUUCGGCGAGGUCUUCAAAGGCAUCGACAAUCGCACGCAGAAGGUGGUGGCCAUCAAGAUCAUCGACCUGGAGGAGGCCGAGGACGAGAUCGAGGACAUCCAGCAGGAGAUCACCGUCCUGAGCCAGUGUGACAGCCCCUUCGUCACCAAGUACUACGGCUCCUACCUCAAAGGCUCAAAGCUGUGGAUCAUCAUGGAGUAUCUGGGCGGAGGAUCAGCGCUGGAUUUGCUGGAGCCUGGUGCCCUGGACGAGGCGCAGAUCGCCACCAUCCUGCGGGAGAUACUGAAGGGUCUGGAGUACCUGCACUCUGAGAAGAAAAUCCACAGAGAUAUCAAAGCGGCCAAUGUGUUGCUGUCUGAGCAGGGCGAGGUCAAACUGGCCGACUUUGGCGUAGCGGGUCAGCUGACGGACACUCAGAUAAAGCGCAACACCUUUGUAGGGACGCCGUUCUGGAUGGCGCCAGAGGUCAUUAAACAGUCUGCUUACGACUCCAAGGCUGAUAUCUGGUCUCUGGGGAUUACAGCGAUCGAGUUGGCAAAAGGUGAGCCGCCUCACUCAGACCUGCACCCCAUGAAGGUCCUCUUCCUCAUCCCAAAGAACAACCCACCCACACUGGAGGGCAAUUACAGCAAACAACUCAAAGAGUUUGUGGAGGCGUGUUUAAACAAGGAGCCCAGUUUUAGACCCACAGCCAAAGAGUUGCUGAAGCACAAGCUGAUCGUUCGUUACGCGAAGAAAACGUCGUACCUGACCGAACUGAUCGACCGAUACAAGCAGUGGAAGGUCGAGCAGUGCAGAGAGGACUCCAGCUCCGAUGACUCGGACUCAGAAGCAGAUGGACAGGCGUCCGGUGGAAAUGACUUCAGUAACGAUGAGUGGAUCUUCACGAUUCGUGAAAAAGACCCCAAAAAGCUGCAAAAUGGAGCCAAUGUGGAAGAGCAGGAGACGCCUCAGAGGCCGCUGUCACAGAUCCUAUCUACCGUUAUCACGCCAGUCUUUACAGAGCUAAAAGAACGGGGUGGAGAACAUGCAGUCAAGCCUGAUGUGUUAGACGAGUUAGGAGACGCCAUGUUCCUUGCCGAGGAGAUGUAUCCAGGGAUCUCUGACGUCAUGGUGACCCAGCUCAUACACAGACUACAGCGAGCCAGGACAUCUUCCUCUUCUCAGUGAUUGGUAUCGUACUCGCUGGGUUUAUCAGUCACAACACCGAAGCCCCUCCCACCACGCACCGGGUCAACGAAUCACAACACCAGCGUCCUCAGAGUGCCGAGUGUCCUUCAAACUCCACAACACAAGCUUCCCGUAGCGCUGUUUGGUUUUGAUAAAGACAUGGAAAGUGAAAGGGGUGGGUGUGUGUGUGUGUGUGUGUGUGUAGUGUGCAGUGCGCGCACACCCUCAACUGCAUAGCAAGCAGGAAGCUUCUGCGUUACAUCAGCAAGUGGAAAAAACAAAACAACAAAAAAAAAAAACCCAUCGCUGAAACCCUUAAAUGCAACCAUAGCAUGGCUCUGAUCAAAUGGCAUAUGUGUGUGUGUCCGAGCCCUUUUCUUGCAGAAGGAGAUCAGAUCUGCAUCAACUGGAUUAGAAAGAGUUUGGAUGUGUGUGUAGAAGUGUAUACACUUUUGCACACUCGUGAAAAAAAUGAUGGAUUUUUUCCCUCAAGCAGAUCACUGUGUACAGCCAGCCAUGCCCUGCUGUAGAUAUCGUUAGUAUUAAAAAAAAAAAAAAGACCAAGAAAAGGUAAAUAUUUAAAAACCGAGCCUUUGGCCAUUGCUGAGAUUGCGCCUUGCCUUUUUAUCGAAUGUAUGUGACCAUUUUGCUGGUGCUCUGUUUCAUUUUAAUAUAAAAAAGUGAUUUUUAUCCUA